UUUUGCCUCCAAUCCAGAGGAGGUUUCAAUAGCAGCGGCUCGGCAGAGGAGGGACGCACUGCCAGCUCUCAGAGGAUCAGAGGAUACCCUCUCACUCCACACUCACACACAGUCUCACACACUCUCCUGAGCCCACCAGAGACCAGUUAAAUCCGCAAGAAAACUGCAAACACGCACCAGAGCAGCAGUCGCUCUAAUCCGACUGAUAGGCGCCAACAAUAGAAGAGAAAACUGAGGAACUACUGGACAACUGGAGAGGACAACUUUCUCUUUUUAAAUCGCUUUAGUUGAGAGACACUUUUUCUUUUUUCUUUUGACAUCUUGGUGAUGUCAGAGUGGCUUUGAGAGGAACAACCAUCCGUCACAGAACUUCGCUGUUUCAUAUUCUGAAAGAAUGAGGCAGUGUAAAGGUUGGAGUGUGGCGGUGGCGGUGCUGCUGGUGCUGUUGGGUCUGGGUCUGGGAGCUUUGGCCCAGAAGCUGCCCACGAGAGACGAAGGGCUCUUCCAGAUGCAGAUCAGAGACAAGACGCUGUUCCACGACUCCUCCGUCAUCCCGGACGGAGCUGAGAUCAGCGGCUACCUGUUCAGGGACACGCCCAAAAGGUACUACUUUGUGGUGGAGGAAGACAACACACCCCUGUCUGUGACGGUGACACCUUGUGACGCUCCUCUGGAGUGGAAACUAACCCUGCAGGAGCUGCCGGAGGAGGCCAGCGGAGAGGGAUCAGGAGAGCCUGAACCUCUGGACCAGCAGAAGCAGCAGGUGACCGUGGACGAGGGGACGGAGCUCUUCACCUACAAGGGUAACGACGUGGAGGCGUACGUGGCCACCAGCACGCCAUCCGGCCUCUACCAGCUGGAGCUGCUGUCCACGGAGAAAGACAGCAACUUCAAGGUGUACGCCACCACGACUCCAGAGUCCGACCAGCCCUACCCGGAGCUGCCCUACGACCCCCGCGUGGAUGUGACCGCACUGGGCCGCACCACCGUCACCCUGGCCUGGAAGCCGACGCCGACGGGCUUCCUGAUGGGCCAGCCCGUCCAGUACUGUGUGGUGAUCAACAAGGAGCACAACUUCAAGAGCAUGUGUGCUGCUGAAGCGAAGAUGAGCGUUGACGACGCCUUCAUGCUGGCUCCGAAGCCCGGCAGAGACUUCAGCCCGUUUGACUUUGCCCACUUUGGCUUUGACAAUGGUUUUGGCAAAGACCGAGGCCUCACGAGUAACAAGAUCUCGCGGUCGUACGCAACCAAGCCCAGAGCUUUAGAUAUUCAGAAGGUGUGUAUAGGCAAUAAAAACAUUUUCACCGUGUCAGACCUGAAACCAGACACGCAGUAUUACUUUGACGUGUUCGCUGUGAACUCUGCGACCAACACCAGCACGGCGUACGUGGGAACCUUCGCCCGCACUAAAGAGGAAGCUCGUCAGAAGACGGUGGAGCUGAAGGACGGCAAAGUAUCGGACGUUUUCAUCAAGAGAAAGGGCAGCAAGUUCCUCCGCUUUGCUCCCGUGUCCUCCCACCAGAGGGUCACUCUGUUUGUCCACACGUGCCUGGACGCCGUCCAGGUGCAGGUGAGGCGCGACGGCAAGCUGCUGCUCUCCCAGAACGUGGAGGGGGUGCGGCAGUUCCAGCUGCGGGGGAAGCCAAAAGCCAAGUACCUGAUCCGUCUGCGGGGCAGCAGGAAAGGAGCCUCCACUCUGAAGGUGCUGGCCACCACGCGACCCAGCAGCAAGCAGCCCUUCCCAUCGCUCCCGGAGGACACGCGCAUCAAGGCCUUCGACAAGCUGCGCACCUGCUCCUCCGCCACCGUGGCCUGGCUGGGCACGCAGGACCGCAACAAGUUCUGCAUUUACCGCAAGGAGGUGGCUGACAAUUACGGCGAGGAGCAGCGACGCCGGGAGCAAAACCAGUGCGCCGGGCCGGAGACCCGCAGGAAGUCAGAAAAGGUCCUGUGCAAGUACUUCCACAGUCCGAACCUGCAGAAAGCUGUGACCACAGAGACCAUCACGGGUCUGGAGGCGGGAAAGACCUACCUGCUGGACGUUUACGUGGUGGGACACAGCGGCCACUCGGUGAAAUACCAGAGCAAACUGGUGAAAACAAGGAAAUACUGCUAAAUGACUCUGCAAAGAAUAAAUCUAUUAUAAAUAUAUAUAUUAAAUAAGUUUAUUUAACUCUAAGUGAUAUUCUACUAAGGAGUGUAUACAGACUGACUACUCACACAGCGGACGGGCCUGUGGCAGUGACUGAACUGUUUGUAGAGAGAGAGAGAUAUCAACCUGUAUAUUUAUGUUUACAUUUCAUUGCGGCACCUCUGGGUGGCCCACGGUGCGAUGGUGCUUUGAUACCAGGCUCGUCGUCUUGACAUGAUGUUGCCACUGGGGAGGCAGAACUUCAAAGAAGAUCAUCUCGUGCGUUUCUCUUUGUCGCUGCAUGACAUUUUGCUUUUGUCUGUCACAGUCGUGCGUUCCUUCAGUCUCACAUCACGGAGGAGCUGCCUGCGUUGUAUAGAUCUCUCACUGCAUAUUCACUACAUGUUUUAGGAGGAAUUUAAAUUAUUUUAUACUUUUCGUCUCUCUCUUUUUUUGUCUGUUUUUAUUGAUGACAAUAAUAACUGUUACGAGGAAAUUCCAGUUUUUAUGAGGAAGCUGUCGUAGUCCAGACAUUCCCCUUCUGUAUCUCAGCCAGUGUUUUUUGCUCUAGAGCCCAUCCUGUAAAUGUGUUCUGUGCUGGAGAUGUGUGUUAUUAUCACUGUAUCGCUGUGUGUGUGUGUGUGUGUGUGUGUGUGUCACAUGUACAGAGUUGUCCUGCCAAUAUUCAUGUACAUAAACACUAAAUAUAGAACCAGUAAUCCCUC